CUGCUCUGCGUCAGCCACUCACUAACCACGGAGCCCCGCUUCCGGCUCCGCCCCUGUUCGCCUGGGGGCUCGCACAACGGACACGAGGCUCCUGUGUCUGCUACCCCUCCUCCCGCUCGAAUCGCAGGGGCUCUCCGGACCCCAGUCUCAGCAGGUCUCUGCGGGCCUACACCCUAGUCCUGAGCAGUGUGGCUCCAUGGAGGACUGUGGAAGUGCCUGGACGUGAACUAGCCCUAAACUAGCAUUUAGGUGUCUUAGUUGUCCCCCAAGACUGCCUGUGGCAAGUUCAGCAUGGGUGGGGGUCUGAUUGAGAGGUAUGUGGCUGCCAUGGUGCUGAGUGCAGCUGGAGAUGCCUUGGGGUACUUCAACGGGAAGUGGGAGUUCCUUCGGGAGGGGGAGAAGAUACACCAGCAGUUGGCCCAGAUGGGUGACUUGGAAGCCAUAGACGUGGCUGAGUGGAGAGUCAGUGAUGACACUGUCAUGCACCUGGCUACAGCAGAGGCACUUGUGGAAGCUGGCGAAUCCCUGAACUUGACUCAACUGUACUCUCUGUUAGCUAAACAUUACCAGGACUGCAUGGGAGACAUGGAUGGCCGGGCGCCAGGCGGUGCUUGUAUGCAGAAUGCCAUGCGGCUGGAGCCUAACAAGGCCGAUGGCUGGAGGAUUCCCUUCAACAGUCGUGAGGGUGGCUGUGGGGCCGCCAUGCGAGCCAUGUGCAUUGGGCUGAGGUUCCCUCACCCCAGCCAGCUGGACACGCUGAUCCAAGUGAGCAUUGAGAGUGGCCGGAUGACCCACCACCACCCCACAGGCUACCUUGGAAGCCUUGCGUCAGCUCUUUUUACAGCGUAUGCUGUGAGUGGCAAACCGCCACGGCAGUGGGGCAAAGGACUGAUGGAGGUGCUGCCGGAAGCCAAGAACUACGUUGUCCAGUCAGGCUACUUUGUGAAGGAGAAUCUUCAGCACUGGUCCUUCUUUGAGAAAGAAUGGGAACAGUACCUGGAACUUCGAGGAAUUUCGGAUGGCAAGUCAGCUCCUGUCUUCCCGCAGUCCUUCGGUGUGAAGGAACGUGAUCAGCUCUACAUCUCCCUGAGUUACUCUGGCUGGGGGGGCAGUAGUGGACACGAUGCCCCCAUGAUUGCCUAUGAUGCCCUCCUUGGUGCAGGGGAUUCCUGGAAGGAACUUGCGCACAGAGCCUUUUUCCACGGUGGAGACAGUGAUUCCACAGCGACCAUAGCUGGCUGCUGGUGGGGAGUUCUGCACGGUUUUAAAGGAGUAAACCCAUGUAACUAUGAGAAGCUGGAGUACAGACAGCGCCUGGAAGAGGCAGCACGGGCUCUGUAUUCUCUUGGGCCUAAAGAAGAUGUAUUUGGCCCCUAGGGAGAGGGUGGGGUUUUUUGUUUGUUAUUUUUUUUGUUGCUUCUGAUGAUUCCUUUCUCCAUAGCUGAUUCUGCUCAGUCUGUUCAACUUUUUCCGAGUCAAGAAUCCUAAUCUUGUGCUCAAAGAGUUUAGAGAUGACAAGCUCCUUGGGCACCUCUAGCUCUGCCUUCCCACACCCUCUUCCUGUGUCCCCACACUUCCCUGCUCUCCCUGUGUUCAUCUCUGCUUGAGAAUCUUUUUAUUUGAGUUGCUGUUCCAGAAACACCUUGUAUUUGAGUCUCUGUUUUUAUCAUGAAAUUGUUCCAGA